AUGAAGGACCAAAUGAUGUUGAGGUCGGAGGCCUUCACUAGAAUAACAUGUUCUAGUUCAAAAUAUUCUGCUCAACUAUCAACAAAAAGAACAUCCUUCAAACAUAAAUAUGUAGUCUGUGGUAGUGGAUCAAUUAUAUCUUACCAUUCUGCAAAUAGUAUAGACAUUGCAGCAACAGCAGCUAGUUCUAAUGCAGCACACCAAAAGGCUGCAGUAAUUGUCAGCAGAAUGGUAGCACAUAUGCCUUCAACAUAUUGUCACACUCUUGCAUCAAGAGCACAAGUUGGUGUGUUCACAAAGGCCGAAUCAAUGGCAGUUUACCCUGAUUACGCGUAUAUGGCAGAUAGACCAGAAUGUAGAGGAAUCUGCAGUGGUAGUUGUUCAUCUACAUGUACGUUUGAUGGUAGGAAAUGGUCAACUACAGCUGGUUCCGGUGGUCGUUUGGCUUCCAUUCUAGAUGACAAUCUGUUGUGUGACAGUCAAGAUCCCUAUCGUUAUGGCUUUAAUGUUCUGAUACAUGAAUUCGCUCAUACAAUUCACGGCUAUGCGCUUGAUGGAAGCAUGAAAUCACGGAUAACUAACGCAUAUAACGCUGCCAGAAGUCAUGGUACUUGGAGUGCAUCAUCGUAUGCUAUGUCUAACGAUAAAGAAUAUUUUGCGCAAGGUACAUCAGCUUGGUUCAACGCAGAUCAUAGAAACCCACAUGGAAAUGUAAUGUCAUCUUGUAAUAACCAUCAGUGUUCUAACGAGAUGGCAGAGAGACGUCAUAUUUAUGACAAAGACAGGGAACUGUACAACAUUCUAGCUUGGGUUUACGACAGUAACCAGGUUAGCCAACCAGGGAACCUUGCAACAUGUAUUUAAAACUACAUAAAGUAA